AUGAUGAGCAACGAUGGAAAUUCGUAUUCUCAAGCCGGCAACCAGGAUGCUUGGAGUGGGAAUACUGCCACUGCACCCUUUAGCUGCCACCAGUGUCGGAAAAGCAAGCUGAAAUGCGAUCGUACAAAGCCAUGUUGUAGUCGAUGCCUUAAGCAAAAUUAUGAGUGCAUCUACUCCGACUCAAGGCAGCCCUAUCGGGGCAUAAAUCGAGGCCAGGCUAAGGACUUAGAGGCCAAGCUCGGACGCCUUGAGAGGUUGCUACAAGCCUCUCAGAAAACACAGACGUCUAGUACUCAAGACAACCAGUACAAAGCCAAUAAUGCUUCAAUUGCUGAUAUACCAUCGCUAAGCCAUCCAAAUGAGGAGCCUGCAGGGUCGGGUCUGUUCGAGGAACCUCUGCCUCAACAUCUCGUCGAAACAUUAACAACCAUUUACUUUGAUGAUAUCCACCAAGCAGCGCCUAUGUUACAUAGACAGCGUUUUAUGGCAUCUCUCUUUCUGCCUGACCAUAGGAAGGCGCCAAUGUGCCUUCAAUACAUCGUCAUGGCCUUCGCUGCAGAGACUACCGAGCCAUAUCACCAUCUGGGCAUGGAUUUCUACAAGCGUGCUAGAACUUAUUUUCAAGAACAGGAAUUCGGGAACCUCGGGAUGAAUGAUCUGUCGCUGUGUCAUGUACAAGCUUGGGCUCUGAUGUCUUGCUUCGAAGCCGAACAUACAAUGUUCGCCAAGGCUUCCAUUACUUUAUCAUCAGCCCUUCGAGCUGCACAGAUACUCAACCUGCACAGGGUUGAUGUGUCCCAGUCACCCGGCAAUGUAUCAAUGGACUGGAUUGAACUUGAGGAGCGACGCCGAACAUGGUGGACCAUAUUCUGCUUCGACCGGUUUGUUUGUGCAACAACCGGAUGGCCAGCACUAAUAAAUGAACAGAAGAUAGCCACUCGCCUUCCAGUUUCAGACGAAGCGUUUGCAUAUGGAAGGUUGGAACAAACACGUUUUCUAGGAGAUCAGCUAAUCGAAGCCGAACCACAUUCAUCUUUCGCUGGAAGAGUGCUUACAGCGCACAUAUUUCACCGUACCAUCGAGCAUAAUAAUUCCGACGAUGGCCGAGGACAAGGCGCUGAGACCUUAACAGAUGACGCAUACUGGCAACAGCAUAGAGCGAUUGACAAUGACCUUAAGUUUAUGCUGCUAAUGUUGCCAAAGAACCUGUGUCUUCCUACCAACUAUAAGAGUCACAAUGCAGUGUUUGUCAACGUUAUGCUUCACACAGCUACAAUCUGCCUUCACAGAGCCGCCCUGUGGAGGAUGAAGUCAAACAUACAGGGACUGCCAAGUUAUAUGAUCCGAUUGUCGCAAGAUCGUCUAGUCCCAGCGGCAGAAGAGAUUCUCAACAUUUUUAAAAUGAUACCUGAGCUUGGCACAACCUUUGCGAACCCUCUUAUUUGUGUUGCAGCAUAUAUGGCUGCUCUGGUUUUCCUGUCUUGUACAUCUCCCGCCGAACCUGAUAUACAGAGCGAGGAAAAUCUAGAUUUCAUUCUAAGGAUUAUGGUAGCUUUUGGCAACAAUAAUCUUGUCGCCAAAACUGUAUCAUUUGAAAUUGUAAAAGAGAUGAGCCAGUGUGGCAUCACUUCUGCAACCAUGUGCAAGGUGGACUUGCAGGAUGCGCCUGUCGACAUUCCAUUGCUUGCUACUCAGCGGCUCUACUCCUCCUUUUCAGACUCAUUCAAUAUUUGA